GCCUCUGUUAACACACAUAAUACGAACGUAUAUGGUAUAUACAAACAGCAUUUGAACAUACACAAAUCCGCCUGUACACAACUCUCCGGAAUUCUCCCUUUUUUCAUUGGAUUGAUAGUAAUGGAGCCGUCUCGGGAGAAUUCCCAACCCGAAUCAUCGGCGGCGCCUGCGGAAGAGCCACCGGCAGCGGAUACCGGGGCUGCCGACGAGGAACGGAGGCAGGAGGCGGGAGGUGAGGACGAGGAGGAGUCAAACGAGAACGAGAACGAGGCGUUGAUCUUCAAGGCGCAAGCAUUAAUGGACAAGAUCACCGCCAACGCCGAGAACCCUAACCCCAAUACUCUCCACGCCCUCUCCUCCCUUCUUGAAAACGAAGAGUCCAGUUACAUGAAAGAUGCAGGCUAUUCUCCUUCCUCAAAUGGUCGGUCUUCUCAUAACAUUGGACGUUUGGGGAACCUCAUUCGGGAGAAUGAUGAAUUCUUUGAACUUUUAUCAUCCAAAUUUUUAUCUGAAAGAAGGUAUUCAAUUUCUGUACAAGCUGCUGCGACUAGGCUCCUCUUCAGUUGUUCACUCACUUUUAUGUAUCCUCAUGUCUUUGAAGAAACUGUUUUGGAGAAUCUAAAAACCUGGGUGAUGGAGGAGACAGCUAGAUCUGGUGAUGAUCAUUAUUGGAGGCAUGAAUCAGGGGAAGGGAAGUCUACAGACUCUGAAAUGCUGAAAACAUAUUCCACUGGACUUCUUGCUGUAUGUCUGGCUAGUGGUGGUCAAGUAGUUGAAGAUGUGCUGACACCUGGAUUGCCAGCUAAGCUGAUGCGGUAUCUUCGUAUUAGGAUCUUGGGAGAGACAAACAUAACGCAAAGAGAUCUGGUUGAGAGCAAAACUGCUUCUACUAGUGUUAGAACUAGGGAGGAGGGUAGGGGUAGGUUGCGUCAAGUGCCGGAAAGUUCUUAUUUGGAUGUCCCUAUACUUUCCGAAGAUGGUUUUCAUGAUGAUCAAGUUAUGGAUAGGGAUAGGGAUAGGGAUCGAGAUCGUGAUAGAAUCAUCAGCAGGCAUACACAUGGAGAGGAACGUUGGAUUGAUGAAGAACCACCUGAUAGAAUGCCUGCUGAUGUCAACAGUUAUGAUGCUGAAACGGAGGGUGAAGAGAAAUGGCAUAUAAGAGAUUUACGUGAGGGCAAGACAAAACAUAGUGGCAGAUCUGUAAGGGAAGAAGAGGUUGAUGAAAGUGCUAGAGAGGACUCAGCAAGGCGUAGGACAAGUCGUGGUUGGGCAAGAUCUAGAGUACGGGGAAGAGUUACCGAAGGUGUUAUGGAAAAUGAACAAACUUUGACAUCUCCAAACUCUGGAAAUAGAUUGGGAGGACAGUCUCGAAGCAGGAAUUUAACAAGGAACUAUGAUGGGAGAAGAAUUCCUGACAGCAAGAAGAGCUCUGGGAGAAAUUCUGCUGAUGGUUUUGGAAUGGAAAGGGAUGAGAAUGAUGAUUGCUUUCAAGAAUGUAAAGUUGGCUCUAAAGACAUCACUGAUCUGGUAAAGAAAGCUGUUGUUGCUGCUGAGGCUGAAGCUAAAGCUGCAAAUGCUCCUACAGAAGCCAUCAGAGCAGCUGGUGAUGCUGCUGCGGAAGUUGUUAAAAGUGCUGCAUUAGAGGAAUUUGAAAAGGCAAACGAUGAGGAGGCUGCAAUUUUGGCUGCUUCUAGAGCUGCAUCUACAGUGGUUGAUGCUGCUAUUGCAGUUGAAGUUGCAAGGAGUGUGAAAAGUGCUAAUGAAUCACAAGAAUCUAAGCUGACAGAAAAGAAUGGUGAGGAUUUUGAUGAAUUUUUCAUUUUGGACAGCUUUGCACUUGCAAAGCUGAGAGAGAAGUUCUGCAUCCAGUGUCUUGCUAUUCUAGGUGAAUAUGUUGAGGUUCUUGGGCCAGUGUUGCAUGAAAAAGGGGUAGAUGUCUGUCUCGCACUAUUGCAGCGAAAUUCUAAAGAUAAGGAAGGGAUGAAAGUUUCGCUUCUUUUGCCUGAUGUUCUAAAGCUCAUCUGGUCUUUGGCUGCUCAUCGUAAAUUUGCUGCAGUAUUUGUGGACCGUGGUGGAAUGCAAAAAUUGCUUGCAGUCCCAAAAGUUCCUCCAACAUUUUUCGGCCUUUCCUCCUGUCUAUUUACUAUAGGUUCAAUUCAGGGGAUAAUGGAACGUGUCUGUGCACUUCCUUCAAACAUUGUACAUCAAAUUGUUGAGUUGGCUCUUCAUCUUCUUGAGUGUCCCAAUGACCAAGCCAAAAAGAAUGCCGCUUUAUUUUUUGCUGCUGCCUUUGUCUUCAGAGCAGUUCUUGAUGCUUUUGAUGCUCAGGACGGUUUACAAAAGAUGCUCAAUCUUUUGCAUGAUGCUGCCUCAGUAAGGGCUGGCUCUUCUUCAGGGGCACUGACUGCUUCAGGAUCAUUGCGGAGUGAGCGUUCUCCUCCGGAGGUGCUGACCUCCUCAGAAAAGCAGAUAGCUUAUCAUACUUGUGUGGCAUUGCGGCAAUACUUCAGAGCACAUCUUCUCUUGAUUGUGGAUUCAAUUCGUCCCAACAAAAAUGUCCGCAGUGCAGCUCGAAAUGUUCCAAGUGUUAGAGCUGCCUACAAGCCACUUGACAUUAGUAAUGAGGCUAUGGAUGCAGUAUUUCGUCAAAUACAGAAAGAUCGCAAACUUGGUUCUGCACUUGUGAGGGCUCGGUGGAACGUGGUUGAUAAGUUUUUAAGUUCAAAUGGGCAUAUAACCAUGUUGGAAUUAUGUCAGGCGGCUCCACCUGUUGAGCGUUAUUUGCAUGAUUUGCUUCAAUAUGCCUUGGGUGUGCUUCACAUUGUUACCUUAGUGCCAAAUAGCCGCAAACUUAUUGUGAAUGCCACACUAAGCAAUGAUCGUCUGGCUGUAGCAGUCAUUUUGGACGCUGCGAAUGGUGCUGGUUAUGUUGAACCAGAGAUUAUUGAAGCAGCAUUGAAUGUGUUAAUCAAUCUUGUGUGUCCUCCCCCCUCAAUCAGCAAUAAGCCAUCUCUUUCUUCCCAAGGUCAGCAAAGUGCUCCACUCCUUCCUUCAAAUGGUUCUAAUAUUGAGAACCGUGACAGAACUGCAGAGCGAGCUGUUCUGUCUUCAAAUGCUCACAACCAGAGUGAACCUAGAGAACGGAAUGGAGAAUCUGCUUUGGUGGAUCGUGGGAGUUCAGCAGUUGUUGGUAGCACCCAAGGACCACAUUCUGCAGUUCCUUCAGGAUUAGUUGGAGACCGUAGAAUAUCUCUUGGAACUGGUGCUGGUUGUGCUGGCCUUGCUGCUCAGCUAGAACAAUGCUACCAUCAAGCAAGAGAGGCUGUUCGUGCCAACAAUGGCAUUAAGGUUCUCCUUCAGCUCCUCCAACCACGAAUAGUUACUCCUCCAGCUUCCCUUGAUUGUCUACGUGCUCUUGCAUGUCGAGUCCUCCUUGGAUUAGCCAGAGAUGAUACUAUUGCACACAUAUUAACCAAGCUUCAGGUAGGGAAGAAACUGUCAGAGCUCAUUCGAGACUCAGGUAAUCAGACUCCUGGAACUGAGCAGAAUAAGUGGCAAGCUGAGCUUGCACAGGUGGCUAUUGAGCUCAUAGGGGUUGUGACGAGUUCUGGACGUGCAAGUACUCUAGCUGCUACAGAUGCUGCUACUCCAACAUUGCGACGGAUAGAGAGAGCUGCUAUAGCUGCUGCUACCCCAAUUUCAUACCAUGCUAGGGAACUUUUACUUCUCAUCCAUGAGCAUUUGCAGGCGUCUGGUUUGGGGGAAACUGCUUCUACUCUUCUAAAGGAGGCUCAAUUGACACCUUUGCCAUCUUUAGCAAUGCCAUCUUCUCUGACAUAUCAAAUUUCUGGCCAGGAAACAACCUCAUUACAAACCCAAUGGCCAUCUGGGCGUGCACCUGGCGGAUUCAUGUUAGAUAAGCCAAAAGCUGCAUUGCAGGAUGAAGAGUUUGGACUGAAAUGUGAUCCAGUUUCCUCUGCAAAAAGGAAACCAUUGACGUUCUCAUCUGUGCGUAAUCUGCAUUCGAAAUAUAAUCCUUGUGAAGUCUCCCCAGUAGCAUCAGGUUGCAAAAUCAACAGUUCUAGGAAAUCUUCUACACCUAUUGCCUCUGUGGAAGUUCAAUCUGCGUCUGCAGCAAAAUUGGCUAGUGAUACAGAUGUUCAGUUCAAGACUCCAAUUUUAUUGCCAAUGAAACGCAAAUUAACAGAUACUAGAGAUAGUGUGUCAGGGGUACCACCAGUAAAACGUCUUAACACUGGUGACAAUCCCCUUAGAUCUCCAACCUUAGCAACUCCUAAUCCUGCUCGUAGAUGUGGUGUUCCUUCUGAUGCAAAUUUGUUACUUACACCAAGUUCAUCUUUCAAGGAUCACCAUGGUCGGUCUCUUGGAAGUGCUUUACCAGCUGAUGGGGAUGAUAACCAGUCUAGUAACAGUUUGUUGAGUCAGAUGUCAUCUUCCCAACAUAAUCUUCUAAAUGACAUGCAAGCCUCAAAUGCAGAGCGGUUAACCUUGGAUUCUCUGGUGGUUCAGUAUCUUAAGCACCAACAUCGCCAAUGCCCAGCUCCUAUCACCACAUUACCUCCAUUGUCCCUUUUGCAACCACAUGUCUGUCCAGAACCAAGACGAAGUCUUGAUGCUCCAUCAAAUGUAACUGCCAGGCUUACUUCACGUGAGUUUAGAAGUAUGUAUGGCGGAAUUCAUGGAAGGCGUAAGGAUCGUCAAUUUGUCUACAGCAGAUUUAGACCUUGGCGAACUUGCCGAGAUGAUACAGGUGCCCUUUUGACCUGCAUGACUUUUCUUGGAGAUUCCUCCCAGAUUGCUGCUGGCAGCCACUUAGGAGAGCUUAAAAUUUUUGACUCUAAUAGCAAUACUAUAGUUGAGAGUUUUACAAGCCAUCAAAACCCUUUGACACAACUUCAGUCUUAUCUUUCCGGAGAUACUCAAUUGAUACUCUCUUCAAGUGUCCAAGAUGUGCAACUAUGGGAUGCAUCUUCUGUAUCUGCUGGACCCAGGCAUUCAUUUGAAGGGUGUAAAGCUCCUAGGUUUAGCAAAUCUGGUACAACAUUUGCAGCAUUGUCAACGGAGACUCAGCGUGAAAUCCUUUUGUAUGACAUCCAGACUUGCCAGCUGGAGUUGAAGCUUACGGAUGCUUCUAACAUCAUUUCAGGUCGGGGGCAUGUGUAUUCCCUUGUACAUUUUAGCCCAUCAGACAAUAUGCUACUCUGGAAUGGUGUUUUAUGGGAUCACCGGGGGUCCCGUGCAAUACAUCGUUUUGAUCAGUUCACAGAUUAUGGGGGUGGGGGCUUUCAUCCUGCAGGGAAUGAGGUGAUCAUAAACUCAGAGGUUUGGGACCUUCGGAAGUUCAGACUUUUAAGGAGUGUGCCAUCCUUGGAUCAAACUAUAAUAACAUUUAAUGCUAGUGGUGAUGUGAUAUAUGCAAUACUGAGGAGAAAUGUUGAGGAGGUUACUUCAGCAUUCAAUACUCGUCGGACAAAACAUUCACUCUUUUCUGCUUUCCGUACUGUUGAUGCUGUUAACUAUGCUGACAUUGCAACUAUUCCUGUGGACCGCUGUGUCCUAGACUUUGCUACAGAACCUACUGAUUCCUUUGUUGGAUUGGUGACUAUGGAUGACCAAGAUGAGAUGUAUUCUUCUGCUAGGGUGUAUGAGAUUGGUCGUCGGAGACUUACAGAGGAUGACUCUGAUCCUGAUGAUGCUGAUAGUGAGGAGGACGAAGAUGAUGAUGAUGAUGUUGAUGAAGAAGAUAUCAUUGGAACAGAACUUGAUGGAGACGGUGAAAGUGAUGGUGAUGAUCUUAGCAUUGAUGAUAGUUUGAGCGCACUAGAUGAUGAUGAAGAGGAUGAUGAUGGGGAAUUCAUUAUGGAUGAUAUGGACUAUGAUGGUGGAGCUGGAAUAUUGGAGAUUGUGACAGAGGGUGAGGAUGAUGACAGUCAACUACUUGAGUCUUUUGGUAGUGAAGAUGAAGACGAUCUUUUGUAGCCUAAUGGUCUGGUCUGGCUUAAAUUGCCAAAAUGAAAUGCAUCAUUGGAUAAUUUAUGCUGAUGAGUAGUAACUUUGUUUAUUUGAAACAUUUUUAUGGCCAGCUAUUUAGAGAGGAAGAAAGAUGAUUCUUCAUUACCAAAUUUUGUGUUCUUAGUCAUCCAGGUUAGUCAUCCAGGUUAGUCGUUGUUUCCUAAUAGGUGAAGGCUGAAUGCAAGUCAACAAAAGGAAAAAAAAAAGGUGAAACAUUUUGAGCAUUUUGUGUUGGUUAAAUGCUCCUCCGUAUUUCUUUGCCGGUAGUAUAGAAAUUCUUGGGACUUCUAUAUAGUUUUUUUAUUUUAUUUUA